AUGAGAUUAGUAGGAUUAAUUAGCGGUGGUAAAGAUUCCAUCUAUAAUCUAUUGGAAUGCGUUAGAAAUGGACAUACUAUAGUUGCUUUAGCUCAUUUAGUUCCUCCUGUAUCUGAUCAUGAGGAAAUAGAUAGUUAUAUGUAUCAAACAGUUGGUUUCAAUGUAAUUGAAGCUAUUGCCGAUGCAUUGCAAUUGCCAUUGACACAAAGAACUAUUGUUGGUAAACCAAAGUCACAAGAUGAAAUCUAUAGAAUUACAGAUAACGACGAGGUAGAGGAUCUCUACCAAUUGUUGGCCGACGUAAAAUCUAAACAUCCAGAUGUUCAAGGUGUUGCAAGUGGUGCUAUUCUAUCGACCUAUCAAAGAAUUAGAGUUGAAAAUGUUUCAUCUAGAUUAGGAUUAACAAGUUAUUGUUAUCUCUGGAAGAGAGAUCAAGAUGAGCUACUUGGUGAUAUGAUAGAGAGUAAGAUGAAUGCAAUUCUAAUCAAGGUUGCAUCGAUGGGACUCGAGCCAAAGAAACAUCUAUUGAAAACGAUCGAAGAGUUGUAUCCCGCUCUGAGGAAAUUGAAUCAACUCUACGGUGUCAAUAUCUGUGGUGAAGGUGGUGAAUAUGAGUCAUUGGUAUUGGAUUGUCCACUAUUUAAAAAGAGAAUACAAUUAGAUGAAACCAAUAUGAAAAUACAUGCAGACGAUGCAUUUGCACAGGUUGCUUUCAUUUCAAUCGUAAAGUUUUCAUUGGUGGAAAAGUCACCGGAGGAGUUGGAGGAGCAGAAACAAUAUCUACUUCCAUUGAACGAUGCUACUUCAUUGAGAAACAGAUGGUCAUAUUUAUUCGCUGAAAUCGAUACAACUUCAACAAAAGAUCUAUUACCAUAUGUACCAAGUUCUGCAACCUGUAAAUUGCAAGAAGAUUCAAAUACAACGGCUGGCAGCGGUUCUUCAGAGAAUGUUUAUAACACAUUACAGCUAAUUGAAUCGAAAUCAACUGGAUUCUUUGUGAUUCCUUCUUAUUCGCCAGUCAGUAGUUCCGAGCUACCAAAGUCACCAUCCAAUCCAGCUGCUCGUGCUUGUUUGCAAACCACUCUACCAAAAGGUCAAUCAGUGAUGUUUGAUAUCAUCGGUUGUAGACAGCCAAAGAAAAACCUACAUGUCCAAUCGAUCUCGAAUUGGGCACCUGCUUGUAUCGGUCCGUAUUCACAGGCAACGUUUGUCAAUGGUUUGGUUUUCAUGGCUGGUCAAAUCGGUUUGAUUCCAGGUACUUUGACUAUGGUUCCCAGUGGUGUAGAGUCGGAACUCCAACAGAUCCUAGUUAAUCUCGUUAGUGUUUUCGAUUCGGUUCCAUCAUCGCUGGAAAACACUCUACAUGUAACCAUCUUCCUCAAGGAUAUCAAACAUUCCAACUUGGUAAGCCACUAUCUAAAACAAGUGUUCAAACGCAACAAAGUCAUGCCAUUGUUUUUAAUGGUGGAAGCCGAAGCAAUGCCAAGAGAUGCACAUAUCGAGUUGUUGUUACUCAAUGAAAUGAAACCUGGUGAUGAUGAUGAAGAAGAACAACAACAGAAUCAAUUGAAUCAUUUCACAACUGACAAACACUUCCACGAUACACAAAGAGGAAUAUUGACAGGCUAUAACUCCUUGGUUACAACAAGCGUUGGACAUUCGACAUUAUUAAACUUCUUCCUCUCACUUGAAGAUCUCAAUCAUCAAGACAACUUGUUUACACCACAGUUCCUUGCUGACUACUAUUGUUCUUCUCUAUCGGAUGUUUUAAUCUCAACCAUCUCAAAAAUGAGACCAUCCAAUAUUAUCUAUCUAAAGAUCUAUCAUAUCAGUUCACUUUCUUCAAUUCAAAAAGAUAUUAAAGAUAAAUUAUGUAAAUCACUUGGAAAUAUUCCAAUUAGUUUUGUAAUGGUUAAUCGUUUAUAUGUUGAAGAGAAUCCACAUAAUAUCAUUAUAAACACAGAGAUUAUGGUAUCAAAUAAAUAA